UUUUUUUUUUUUUUUUUCAACAAAAAUUUUUUUUUUUUUUAGUAGAAUAAAUUUCGAAACUAACUCAAAUGGAAACCGAACUUAAUAAAUUAAAUGUUUCAGACAAAGACACUGAUACAGUAAAUACCAAAAAUUGUUCAUAUUGCAAUAAAGCCUUUACCGAAGAAUUAUGGUGUAGAAGAUGCGACCCAUUUAAAAAAAUGGGAGGAUGGACCAGUGGAAAUCCUGAUAUUGAUAAGUUUAUAAAAGACACAAUGCAUGAAGCACAAUAUGACCCCGUUGUCAGAAGAAAUGUAUUUCUUGGGUGGGUACCGUUCGAUAGACUUGCAGAUAUAAUCGAAAUUGGUGAAGGUGGAUUUUCUAAAGUGUAUUCUGCAACAUGGUUAGAUGGUUAUUCAUACUAUGCUAAUAGUCAUGAAAAAAGACAACCUGUACCUAUUCAAGUUGCUUUGAAAAGGUUAAAUGGGUCACAGAUCAUGUCAGACAACUAUUUAAAUGAACUUAAAAUACAUUGGGGUAUCAGCAUAUCAUAUGGGUUAAAGUUUUAUGCGAUGACUAAAGACCCAGAAACAAACGAAUUUAUGAUGAUUAUGCAAUUUGCUAAUAAAGGAAGUUUGAGAAGUAUCCUUACAAAUAAUUUUAACAAUACCUUGUGGAAUAAUAAACUUAAAUUAUUACGCGAUUCAGCAAAUGAUUUAUAUAAGUUACAUCGAUCAGGAUAUUUUCAUAAAGAUUUUCAUAGUGGAAAUAUCUUACGAGUUACUGAUGAAUUAUCCUUUGUUUCAGACUUUGGAUUAUCUAGACCAGCAAAUGAACAGAAUCCAGAUAAUAAAGUAUAUGGGGUAAUGCCAUAUAUUGCACCAGAAGUUUUAAAUGGAGAAUCAUAUACAUUUUCAUCUGAUAUUUAUAGUUUAGGUGUAAUUAUGGCUGAACUAUCAUCUGGAAAACCACCUUUUUACAAUAAAAAACAUGAUAUAAGUUUAACAUUAGCAGUAUGUAAUGGACUCAGACCAGAAUUUGGAAAGGGAACUCCUGAAUUUUACAAGAAAUUAGCUUAUAAAUGUAUGAGUGCUAAUCCAAAUGAAAGACCAUCAGCCAAUGAGUUAUUCAAUAUAUUUAAGUUUUGGCUUAUUUCUGUUGUAGAAUAUAGAUGUAAAGAAGAAUUUGGUUAUAAUGCAAAAGAAAUUAAAGAAGCAUUUGAGAAAGCUGAUGAAGAAAUACCAAAUAUUUCAACUUCAUAUGAAAAGAAUUCUAAUGCUAUAUAUACUAGUAGGAAGUUUUCAAAACCUGUUAAUUCAUCCAAUACUACUAAUAGUAAAGAAAGUGAUCAAGACUGUGACUCUCAAAUGGUUGAAUUAGAAGUUCCUAAUUCUAUAUGAAGAUUAAGAGUAUUAGAUAUUUAACGCUUUUAAAAAAUUUUUUGCAAUUAAAUGUUAAUUAAACGUGAUAUUAUUAAAAUAUAACAUGAUGGUGAAAAUCUGAUGAUAAUAUUAACUUCUACAAAUUUUGAAUUUAUUAAAUUGUAAUAUCUUUAUCUAAUAUUUUAUAAGAUACAGCUGUUACAGUAUUUUUAAUAUAAAAACUUAUUUUUCUUCGACAAAGCAACUUUAACAUAGUAACCAUGAAAAUAUACUUAUUUUCCUUGCUUUUUAA